UUCCGCACACAGACACAGGAGUUGUGCACACACACACAUCCCCGCGGGCAUUUACUCUCGCCGAUACACAUCAGCGCGUGCACACACUCGCAGAGGCACACCCCCACGCAUGCACAUACGCCCAGACGCACACAGGCGCGCAUGCACACUCAAACUAAUACGAGGACGACGGUGGACGACCGUGACGAAGAGAACGACUGUGGUGGCCACGAGGCGGCUGGCUGUGACGGUUUUCUCGACGGCAGGUGUUUGCGCCAACUAAGAGCGGAAUGAGAAAACAUCGGGAGAAUUGAUCGCCAUCCCUGGCACACCACGUGGCAUGGAUCUGGUGCAAGGGUUGGAGACAGCCAUAGCCAACUUUAAUUGUCCAUUAAUUACACCAUUUAUCUAUUGAUUUCAUAUGACACAUGAAGAAGGAGAGGGGAGGGGAGGAGAGGAGAGGAACAGAGAAGAGGGGAGAGGGAGAGAGAAGAGGGGAGAGGGGAGGAGAGGAGCGGAACAGAGAAGAGGGGAGAGGAACCCAUAGAGAGACCAACGCCCCGACGUGCAGGCUGGUUAACGAUGAGCUGCUGUUGCGCUGCCGACUCCGCAUACGUAGCCAAUGAAGUCUUGAAGGGGAGAUCUGCUCGGAAGGAGCUUCAGCUGCUGCCACGGCAGCCGUCUUCCUGUUGUCUUCAUUUCCUUGCCGGAUACGGUGAACGCAUGUCAUCCGCCCUCUCAGCGCGUGUUGUCCGACGUGACUCGGGUUUCCCAUUCUCCUUCGAUCCUCUGGCAAGAAUGGAACGCAGCUGGGGACCGGAGUGCCGCUCCGGACAUCAAUCCCCCGUGGUGCUACAUGUGUCACGCCCCUGUAUGCUCAGGUAUUUGGAACGGGUUGGACCACCUUUGAACAGCGAGGAUGUGGCGGUGGUCCGUGCAGCCGCUGACGUGGCCUCGAGAUGGGGGGCGCGGAAAGGAAGACGGCGCUUUUGGUUCUCCUCCAAGGUGGACGUGAUGGGGCCCACGGUGAAAAGAAUGAGGUGGAAGAUGAUGGAUAAACCUUGGAGUGAGGAGUGUUUGACAUUGUCUUCUCAGCUGGCCGCUCUGGCGUCUAGGCACAGGUCGGAGCGCUGUUGUUUUCGUGGUUCUGGUCGUCGCAUCUCUUCUGCGGCACACGUGGGGAGCCCCUGGCAAACUCAUUUGGACGUCGAAGAGCCGUUGGACGACUUGGAUCUGAAGGUGCCUCACUUCACCAAGGGAAAGCUCCUUAGUGAGCUGUCGACAUGGGAGAUUGGUGGACCGGCUAAGUUGUUCAUUGAAGUGCAUACUGAGGCGGAGAUGUCACAGGUUCUCAGGUAUUGUGCCAAGCACGGUAUUCGCAUGUUUGUGGUUGGGAAGGGUUCCAACUGUCUGUUUGAUGACAGAGGGUAUGAUGGGUGCAUUGUUCUCAAUCGGAUCACUUCCCUCAGGCGAUUAGGGAAUGGUGUGUACCGCGUCGGAGCAGGGUAUCCCUUCAAUCAGCUGGGCAUAUUGACCUCCAAAGAGGGCUACUCUGGGCUGGAGUUUGCCUGUGGGAUCCCUGGAACAGUUGGCGGAGCUGUCUACAUGAAUGCUGGAGCCAAUGGCCAGGAGACAGCUAAAACUUUGAGUGAAGUGGAGAUUGUCACUGUCAAGGGAGAGAGGCAGACACUUUCAAGAGUCAGAGGGGAACUUGACUAUGGCUACAGACUCUCACCUUUUCAAAAGCUAGAUGGAUUUGGUGCUGUGGUGGCGGCAACAUUCGAGUUGCAGCCCUGCUCGCAUGCACGCGAACGGCAGUUGAGCUUUAUGUGCAGGAGGAAGUCAAGCCAGCCAAUAACGAAGAGAACUGCAGGAUGUGUUUUCCGGAAUCCUGGUGAAGGGUGUCAAGGAGCAGGUGCGCUCAUCGAUCAGUUGGGAUUGAAAGGCUUGGCAGUCGGUGAUGCGAGGGUAUCCGACCUUCAUGCCAACUUUCUGAUUAACGAAGGGCGAUGCACGUCAAAGGACAUGUCGGUCUUGAUCACAUUGAUUAAACAGCGCGUGAAGCAGGAGACUGGAAUCGAUCUGCAAGAAGAAAUCUGUGUGGUUCCUUAUCAGUGAUGUGCAGAUGAAAGGGGGCAAAGAGAGGGACGAAAAAAGAGAGAGGAAAGGGAAAAUAAGAAUGAAAAGACAGGUAACUC